AUGAGUGCCAUUCUUAGACGUUCAAUUGCUGUUGCUACUCGCGGACAGCUUCGCGCCACUUCUUCCCGCAUUGCUCAACCCAGCCGCGUUCUCGGGUUCCGUUUCAACUCCACCUUCAAGCAAGAGAACCAGCCUCGCAUCAGAAUUGGUUCUGAAGCUCCUAACUUCAAGGCCAUCACUACCCAGGGUGAAAUUGACUUCCAUGACUGGAUUGGCGAUUCUUGGGCCGUUUUGUUUUCCCAUCCCGCUGACUUUACCCCCGUCUGCACCACUGAGCUUGGUGCCUUUUCCCAGCUUGCUCCCGAGUUUGCCAAGCGCAACACCAAGCUGAUUGGUCUUUCUGCCGACCCCUUGGAGGACCACGUUAAGUGGAUCAAGGAUAUUGAGGAUGUAGCAACCAACGGCUCGCCGUUCCAAUUCCCUGUCAUUGCCGACACUGACCGUAACGUUUCGUUUUUGUACGACAUGGUUGACCAGGCCAACUUUGAGAAGCUCGACAAGGGAAUUGCCUUCACUAUCCGCAAUGUCUUCAUCAUUGACCCUUCCAAGAAGGUCCGCCUGUUUUUGGUCUACCCUGCCUCCACUGGCAGAAAUACCGCAGAGGUUCUCCGCGUUUUGGAUGCUCUCCAACUCACUGAUAAGGCUGGUGUCGUCACUCCUGCCAACUGGGCUCAAGGCCAGGAUGUCAUUAUCCCUCCUAGCGUCUCCAACGCUGAUGCAAAGGCCAAGUUUGGCGACUUUAAGGAGGUCAAGCCUUACCUCCGCUUCACCAAGGAGCCCACCGUCAAGUCCUCGUUUGCUGGCUCAUCCGCAGGACCCACUGCUGGUUUCAUUUUCGCUGCCGCUGCCGCUGCUGGUGCCUUUGCUCUGACUCAGGUUGACGACAAGGAUCAGGCUAAGGUUGCUCAGCUUAAAGGUGUUUUUGAAAAAUUGAAAAACCAAGAACCGGUUGAUGUGGCCAUGGAGUUAGGCACAAACGAUCCAAAGUCCGAAGCCGAGUGGGACCGAUUGUUCAAGCACCUCCGUGAAACCCCAGAGCUCGUUUAUACACCGAAAUCGCAAUCACCAAAGAAAUGA